ACAGCGCUCGGCAGUUUGGUCGGUUGCUUGGGGAGUUUAGUUUAUUACUGUAGAGGCGCAGGACGGAUAUGAGGGAAAAAUGACUGAAGAGUCUGCUGUUAAAGUUUGUGUUAGGGUUCGACCCCUUAUAAAACGUGAGGAGGCGGAUAAUGCAGAGCCUGUACAGUUGUACUGGAAGGCUGAUAAACAGGCUAUACAUCAGAUUGACGAUGACGGCAACAUGACCAAAAGUUUCAGCUUUGACAGGGUUUUUAGUGCAGAAGAAUCCACCAAUCAGCUGUAUAACGACAUCGCCAAACCCCUGGUGGUGUCCACUGUAGAAGGAUACAAUGGAACUAUAUUUGCAUACGGACAGACUUCCUCAGGGAAGACUUUUACAAUGAUGGGCAGUGAGCACACCCCUGGCGUGAUCCCGCUUGCCAUGGCAGAUGUUUUUCAUACGAUCAAAAAUUGUCCAAAGAAAGAGUUUCUUCUGCGUGUGAGCUACAUGGAAAUUUACAAUGAAACAGUUACAGAUCUCCUGUGCGACAGCUGGAAAAGAAAACCGCUGGAAAUCCGCGAAGGCAACUACAAAAACGUCUACGUGGCUGAUUUGACAGAAGAGCUGGUGACGUCUCCAGAACAAGCACUGGCCUGGAUCCGCAAAGGAGAAAAAAACCGACAUUAUGGGAAGACAAAAAUGAACCAGCGGAGCAGUCGCUCUCACACCAUUUUCCGCAUGAUCUUGGAGAGCAGAGAGAGAAGUGACCCAGCGUCUGGGGAAAAUGCAGACGGCGCCAUCAUUGUGUCCCAUUUGAACUUGGUGGAUCUUGCUGGGGCUGAACGAGCGAGUCAGACUGGAGCUGAGGGAACCCGGUUCAAAGAGGGAUGCAAUAUCAAUCGCAGUCUCUUCACUUUGGGACAAGUCAUCAAGAAACUGUCUGAUGAGAGCCAGAAGGGUUUCACAAACUACAGAGACAGCAAACUAACCCGGAUCCUCCAGAAUUCUCUGGGUGGCAACGCCAAAACGGUCAUCAUCUGCACCAUCACGCCCGCUACUGUGGAUGAAACUGUGAGCACUUUACAGUUUGCCAGUGCAGCAAAGCGCAUGAAGAACGAUCCUCAUGUCACGGAGGUCUCAGACGACGGUGCUCUUCUGAGAAGGUACCGCAAUGAAAUUGUGGAUCUCAAACGACGCCUUCAAGAGGUUUCUUCAGUCACCCAAACAACUGUGACUGAGAAGGAGACACUGUUCCAGCUCCUACAAGAGAAGGAUCAACUCCAGAGAGACCAAGCAGAUAGAAUAAGGAACCUAACAAAGCUGUUGGUAACAGCAUCAAAUGUGGUUCCUUUCCAAAAGAUUCCCAAGAGAAGAGUGACAUGGGGUGGAAAGCUCUUCAGAUCAGCUCCGUUAAUGUCAGAUGAUUAUGGAUCUCCUGAUAUGAGCUUUGCUGAGCCCUUUUUCAAAAAGAGGAAAGCUGAUCUUACUGUGACUGAAGAGAGUGAAGACAUGGAGGAAUUUGACACAGCACCAAGUUUUUACUCCCCUGCUGAGGACACCUCCAUAGACCUGGAGAUGAACCAGAGUAACGUUACAAUGCGCAGCUCUGCAGAAGGCGUGUGCACCGACUCACCCCAGCUCAUGUUCAGAGUCGAAUGUUUGGAGCGUCAGUUGGAGACAGAAACUCAGGAGAAGCAAAAGGCUGAAGAGAAGAGUGCGACGCUGGAGCAGAGGACAGAAGAGCUUGAGAAACAAUUGCAGACCUUAGAGCAACAGCUGGAGACAGAGGUGCAGGAAAAACAGAAAGCUGAGCAGAAGUGUUCCACGCUGGAGCUGAAGGUCGCAGACCUGGAAAAGCCUUCAGAGCCAGAGAAGGACGACAAAGCCUGUGAGCAGUACUUUGCGGAGGCUGUCCAGCUCUGUCACACGCUGAGCUCUGAGAGGGAAGUAAUUGCUGCAGAGCGGGACAUGUUGAAGCAAAGCCUUGAGCUCCUGAAGCAGGACAUCGAGAGACUAAAACAAGACAAUGAGGCGCUGAUGAAAGACAAGGAGACUCUCCUGAGAGACAUUGAAGAACGGAAAGACGCAGAGGAGUUUGAGAAGCUUGAGGAGGAGAGCAAGAAAGACUAUGAGCGAGAGUUGGAGGCUGAAAUUUCAGCUUUGAAAACGGCUUCGACAGAUGCAGAAGAUCUGGUCCAAAAGCUGAAGGCUGAUCUGGAGGUGAUGUCCGAGGAGCUGAAAAAGAAGAACGACUUGGUGGCUGACCUGCAGAGUUUGAACGGUAAGGACCUUGUUCAGGAGGUAACGCGGCUACGUCGCUCGUUAGACGAUGCAGAGGGGCUCAGUUUGGAAACCAAAAAGGAGUGGGCUUUCCUGCGUAGCGAGAACAUCUCCCUCAAAGAGCGAGAUGAGACUUUGAGUGUUCAGUACAACCAAAUGGAGAAUGAGGUCAAAUCCCUGCAGAGCCAACUGGAGCAUGAGAAAUCCCGAUUCAAGAAAAUGCAGGCUGACCUCCAAAAAGAGCUGCUUGGGGCUUUUGAUGAGAACACCAAGCUCACUGCUCUUCUGGAUGGAAAAGUUCCUAAAAAUUUACUGGAUAACCUGACGUUGGAGAAAACAGUUGCUGAAUUAAAGAAGGAGCUUGAGAAGAGCCAGGAGAGUGAGAGAGCUCUGCAAAGCAAAACGGAGGAGUUAAAGGCUCUAGAGAUUCUUCCAGCUAAAGUGGAUGAUUUGUUGAGACAGGUGUGUGAGCUCAGUGGUGAACUUUACUCUGUGCAAGAGGAAAGGGACAAUCUUGUCUCUGCUCAGGCUGCGUCCAGUGAGGACAGUGAGAGACUGAAAGGAGAGGCUGUAAAGGCCCAGGAGGAACUUGAGAAAAUGCAGAAGGAUUUGGCAGAUGCAGAACUCAAGGAAGUUCAGCUAAGCCAACAGCACACCGAGACCACAGAGCAGCUUGCAAAGGUCCAAACAGAUCUGGAACACCUCUUGGAAGAAAACAGGAGUCUCCUCAGUGCCUUGGAGGAAGCCAAGCAGAAGUCAGUGCAGUUGUCUGAGGAACUGGAAUCACUUCGCUGUGAAAGAGAAAGGCAUUUGUCAGAGCUGACCGCUGCAACUGAAGAGAGGAACCAGCUUCAGGAAGCAAUUCACAGCAAAAUUUCUGAGCAAUCUGAGCUUGUUCAGAACCUGCAAACAGAGCUGCAAACUGUUAAGGAGGAGAGAGAUCAACUGAAGAGAGACAUGGAAGAAAAUGUGGAGCUGAUGAUAGAAAAUCAAGAAGAAUUAAGGGCAGCUCUGGAGACGGCAAAAGUGCAGCAGGACAAAAUACUUCAUUUGGAAGCGGAAAAAGCUCAACUGGAGUCCAGACUGUCGAAUCCAGCUGAGAACAGUCUUGUUGAGGAUCUGCAAAUUCAGGUGAAGCAGCUGAAAGAGGAGCUGCAGUCUGUGUGUGCAGAAAGAGACAAUAUUGUGUCUGAGAAAGCCCUUGACUCCGAGUUGGAGAGGAUGCAGUCCAAUAUCAGCUCUCUAACUGAAGAGAGAGACCAGCUCCAAGAGAUACUGCAAGGACUGAGAGAAGAGAAAAGCCAGCUGAAGAGAGAAAUGGAGGAAAAAGAUGAGCUGAUCAUCCGCUUCCAGUCGGAGAUGAACGAGAAGCAGUUUUCGGACUCGAAUUGCAUUAUUAAUGAGGAGAAUGAAGUUCAGCUACAACAGAUGCAGGAUCUUAAAAAGGAGGCUGAAGAGUUGACGCAGGAGAAUUCCCGGCUGAGAACAGAACUUCAGGACAUAACUGACAAGGUUAAUGAGCUCUCAGGAACUCUCAGUGCUGUGCAAGAUGAGAAGAGCAGUUUGCUUGUUGCUCAAUCCACCUUGAAUGAAGAAAAUAUAAGACUUAAGGAAGAAAUGGAAAAGGCCCAAGAGGAACUUGUCAGGAUGGAGAGUCAAAUGAUUGAUUCACAGCUGAAGGAAGCUGAAAUCAGCCAGCAGCACAUGGAAACCACUGAGCAGCUCGCAAAGGCUCAGGCAGACCUGGAGCACUUUACUGUGGAAAAUAGCAAAUUGUUCACGUCUUUAGAAGAAGCUAACCAAAAAACAGUGCAGUUGGAUGAAGAACUCAAAUCUCUUCAUUUUGAAAGAGAACAGCUUCUGAGAGAGAAGAUGGAGGGAGCUUGUGAUCAAGAAGAGGUAGAGAGCCUUCGUGCCACAGUUACCUCCGUGACCGAGGAGAGGAACCAGCUUCAGGAGAUUCUUCAGGGUCUGAGAGAAGAACGCAGCCAGCUGAAGAGAGAUCUAGAAGAGAGCAAUGACAUGCUCAUACAGGUGCAGGAGAAACUAACGCAGAGUGAGAUCAGUUCACAACAAGAAGCCACAUGUGUGCAAGAUGAACUUCAACAAGUACAGCAGCUGCAAGAGCAACUCACAGCACUGACUGAAGAAAAUCACCAGCUGAAGAUGGAUGCUGAGGAAAAUGUGGAAAUGAUGAUUGAGACUCAGGCAGAAUUGAGGUCAGCACUUGCGAAUAUAAAGGAACUAGAGCAGAACAUGCACGAGCUGGAAGUGCAGAAGACUCAGCUAGAGUCCAGAGUGUCCCAGACAGACAGCAGUGAGGAGAGCAAACGUGUGGAGGAUCUGAAAAUUCAGAUUAACGAUCUGAGUGAAGAACUCAAAGCAGUUUAUGAGGAAAAGCAGCGUCUUCUUUCCGAGAAUGUACACUAUGAUCAUAAUAGUGAAGAGCUGGAGAGAGUGAGGAUGAACGUCAGCAUUCUGACUGAGGAAAGAGACCAACUUCUGGAUGCCUUGCAGGGCCUGAGAGAAGAAAAGAGCCAGAUAAAGAAUAUCCUAGAAGAGAAGGAAGACAUGAUUAUGCAGCUGAGAGAGGAGCUUGAGUCUGCAGCUGCAGAGAGAGACGAGCUUCUGAGUGGAAGAGCUAAAGACGCUGUGGAGGAUGCUGCCCUGGAGACGAUUCAGACGAGUGUAUCCGCUCUCUGUGAAGAAAGAGAUCAACUGCUGGAGAUCCUGCAGGGCCUGAGAGAGGAGAAGAACCAGAUGAGCAGUGAGCUGGAGGAGAAGAAUCAUAGGCUGAUGCAGUUGAUGGACGAGCUCCAAUCUGCUACAGCCGAAAAGGACAACUUACUGGCUGAGAAAUCUAAAGAUGACCUGGAUAACAGAGCCGAGUUGGAGAGACAUCAGGUCAGUAUCGCAUCUCUGACUGAAGAGAGAGACCAGAUGAGUGAGGAGAAUAAACAGCUGAAGACUGAACUGGAGGAGACCAAUGAAAAGGUGAUGCAGUUAAGAGAGACGCUUCAGUCUACAAGUGCAGAGAAAGAGCAUCUUCUAUCAGAGACGACCAAAGAGAGUCUUGCUCACAUGGCUGAGCUCGAGCAGAUCCAGGCAGAUAUGACCUCCGUGACUCAGGAGAGGGACCAGCUUCUGGAACUGCUGCAGGACCUGAGGGAGGAGAAGAUUCAGCUGAAGAAAGAUCUUGAGGAGAAGGACGAAAUGGUGAUGCAGCUGAAGGAGGAUUUUCAGUGCGCUAGUAACGAGAAGGAUCGUCUCAUGGCUGAAAAUGCUAACUGCAACCUGGAGAACAUUGAGAAGCUGGAAAGACAUCAAGCAAACAUCAUGUCUCUAACUGAAGAGAGAGACCAACUUCUAGAAGUGCUGCAGGGUAUGAGGGAGGAGAAGAACCAGCUUAGAUCAGACCUGGAUAAGAAGGAUGAAAUGAUACAGCAGCUGCAGGAACUCCAGGCGGAGAGAGAGCAAUUACUGAUAAAGGAUGCAUCGUGCAGCACUAAUGCGAAUGAAGAUGGAGACAGUCUCCAGGAGCUACUGCAGGGAGUGAGAGAGCUCAUCCAGGUCCAAGGCGAGUGGAAGCAACAGAAGCCACUGAGUCCUAGAGCCACCCGGAAAGCUGAGCUUCAACAGGCCAAUCAAAUCAUGCAGGCUCUUAAGGAUGAAGUUGAGUAUUUAAGGAACGAGAGGGCGUUACUCAGAAAGGAUCUUCAGGAGGCUGCUGAAACGUCAAAAGCCUAUCAGAACUUACUCCAUUCUGCGAGGGAGGAACUGAAGCAGCAGCAGAAUGCUGACUCCAUGGCCCAAAGUGCUGAAAAGGACUGUCUACUUCAGCAGCAGAUGAGUCAGCUGAAUGCAGAUCUUUCGAAUUUGAGAGAACAGCUUUUGGUGAAGAAUACCUCCGAGACUCAGAAUCUCAACACAGAGGUGCAGAACCUUCUGACUCGCAUUGCGUCUCUUGAGGAAGAAAAAGCGAAACUCCAAGAGAUGCUCGAGUCUGCCAGAGAAGAGGGAACUAACCUGAGACGUGAUCUUCAGGAGAGUGAACAAACGAAACACAAGCUGAUGGAAGAGCUUGAAAGUCUUGGUGGCAUUAAAGAGCAGCUUCUUAAUGAAAAGACACAUGCAGAUCAGCUCCAGGAGGUUUUCCAUGGGGUCAGAGAAGAGAGAGACCAACUCAGGAGGGAGCUGGAGGAAACAAUGGAGGAGCUGACGCACAUUGAGGAAAAGGUACAAGGACUAGAAAAGGAGAAAAUGCUGCUUGAAUCUGAAGUCAGUACUUUGAGCCAGUCUCUUCAUGAGGUGAAUGAACACACUAAUGCACCAUCUAAUGAAGAAAGGCUGAAGGUGAUCUCUGAGAUUGAAACCUGUAAUGAAAAGCUUAAGGUUGCCUUCUUGAAGCUCCAAGCGAUCAUUGACCGUCCAAAACCCAAAGAUCAUCUUGCAGAUGGCAAUAGCAAAGAAAAUGCCUUGUUUUGUCAGCUGUUACCGUUUGUUCCGAUGUCUUAUAGAACUGUGUUCACUUGUCUGACUUCCAAAACAAGUCAUCUUGAUGACCUGCUUAGGAAAAAUGAGGUGGCCUUGCAAAGACUCGCAGCUCUGCACAAGACCCACUUCAUGAAACAACUUCACCGUGAUGUGGCUUCCUUUGAGGAGAGAAGGCUGCUUGAUGUGCUUAUUCGCCGAGCUCAGGUUCCUUCACAAUCCCUCCAGAUGCUCCCUGGGGACCUCCAGGAGAUUUGGGACCAGAGACUGUUGGAGCUGUUGGACAAACGCAGGCAAUAUCUGCAGAACAUGAACAGCAUUCUGGACUUCCUGGAAGACGCUGUUGCCAAACAUGCAGUCACACUCUCGGAGGAACUUCAGGCACGGACCCGUGCCAAUGAGGAGAGUAGAGUGCUGGCUGGAACCAACACAGCAGCUAUAGUUCAGUUCUUCGAGCGAGAGCUUGUUCGACGCACGGCUUUGACAGACCGCCAGAGAGUUUUCCGCCAAAGCAUGUUGGAUAAAUAUGGCUCUGCAGUUUCUGUCCUGAAGCCCUUGGAGGAUGAGUCGAUUCAGAGACUGACGGAGGAGAGGCGUGAGAGUCUGGCACUGCUGCCGUCUCAGGGCAGUGAGAAGCCCAAAACUGAGGCAGACCUGCUGCAGGACAAGCAGCGCCUCUCCCUUCAGUUACAACAGACUCAAAAACACUUAGAGGAGCUCCAAAAGAAAAUGGAGGAGUUGAAGACCCACUCAGAUGUGUCGAACCAGAAACACGCUGCCAAGCUUGAAGAGCUGAGCUCGGCUUUAAAGGAGAAACAGGAUCUCAUCCAGAACCUGCAAAUGAAGCUGAAGGAGUCUGAGGUUCUUGCUAAAGCUAAGAUGCCGCCUAGUGCUGCUGAAAUGGAGGCCAUGAAGGAUAAACUGGUGAAGAUGGAGUUUGACCACAUCGCCGUAACGACCAGUCAUGAAAAAGCAAUAGCACAGUUAACGUCAGUGGUGGAGCACAGAGGAGACGUCAUCCGCAAGCUGAAGGAGACUCUCCGAAAAACCCAACAGCAGGACGAGCAUUCAUUUAUGGACGGUGAGGAGCCUCAUACUAAUCCUGGCACCCAGCCCAAAACUUCUACUUGUCAUAAAGAUAAAAAGAUUGAGGAGCUGGAGAAGAAGACUGCACAAUUUGAAAGCCUGGUGAACAAGCAACAAGAAGAGAUCACUAAAUGGAAAAACAGAGCUUAUAAGUUGAGAGAAAGUAAGAAAGAAGCUCCUCAUUCUCCACGCACACCAACCAAGCGACCUCCACUGUUAAUAGAAAACGAAGUGAACUCCCCUAAGAAAGCGUUCCUCGAUUCUCCAAAAAGCAAGUUCUUUGACGUCCAUGCCGGCACAGAGCCGAUGUCGCUCAAGUGCCCAAAGCAGUUCUUUGAUAACUCCAGCCUUGGAACCAUGCCAGCUGAGCCAGCUAUGGAUGAUUCCUCAGGAAGUGAUGAGGACACUGGCCCCAACGCAGCCGUCAGCUCUGACACACACACAGAAAGCUGGUGGCAUAUUCCAAACUCGUCACCGAAUAAGACCAACCUGAAUCUGGAUGCCAACGGCUGUCCAACACAGUGAUUUAAUUUUAUUUGUUCGUUUGUGUUUUUUUUAAUGUUUGUCUCUGUCAUUCAUCCACUUUUCUAGAAUAAAAUGACCCUAUUUUAAUGAACUCUAACUUUUUUUUUUUUUUUUAAGCAGCUUUGUUGGAAUUGUUUUAAAGCUGUUUGUU